AUGUCGGCGUUGCAGCCGUUGGCUCUGCUUGUCCCAAAGCAGAUCCAGUCUCUUGUCGUGGACGGUGGUGCUGAAAUUGUUGUGGAGAGGCGGUCAGACGAGAAGAGAUGUUUAUUUUUGCGUUUUUUUGACGAAGCGGAGCGGGAGGAGGCGGUUCGUGGAAAAUCCACGUGCGCCCAAAUCCAUGAAAAGGUUCUUGAGGACCUGAACUGGGCACGGUCGACACUAUGGAAUGAUAGGAGACUUCAACAGUAUUUGUACAGUAGGGACUGGAUGACGUGGCCGUCGCUCCCAGAACUAUCGAGCAUGGUGGAACUCGUACGAUCGGCGAAAGAAACCGAUGAGGUACCCGACUUUUCUGGUUCAAAUGCCCUCAAAAAGGCAUUGGAUAUUAUUUAUAUGGAGGCGACGUAUCCUGGUCUCCAUGCCUUAAAAGAGGAGAAUCUUGCGGGUACACUUCUUGCAUUUGGCACGACAAGGAGAGAUAACCGUAUCGUUGGUGAUACGAUGCAUGCACUUUUGGGCAGAGGUGAUGAACAGCGUAUUGGAAGCUCGUUGUGGGUGUUGGAUCUUAAAACACCCUCAUUUACUCCUGAUGAAGCUAUACUACUUUCCCUAACGACACGUGUGCGAGAAAAGUGUCUACGGGUUAUGCAACCGGAAUUGGGCGUUGCGGACUGUGGGGGCUCGUGGAGUGCCGUAUUGGCAGCACACCGUCGUGGAAUAGACGAACUUGGACCGCGUCUUUUCUGUGGCAUUUCAGAAGGGUUGUUACAGUUUGCUAUGGCGCCGGUAUAUCUGGCAAAGGCGAUGUGUGAAGCGGCAGAGAGGGGGUUUCGGGUCCGCCUUCGUGUCGGCAUUUAUUUAACCGUAUUACAACGAACGGAGGUGUUUGUCAUGACGCGCGGGUCUUGCCAGAGCGUUGCUACAGAUGACAAAUUGGAGGUGAAAGCUGCAUUUGUGGAAAGGACAGGCCGAUCAUACGAAGCCUGUGUUGCAGCUGGUCUUUUCCUAUAUUUGUUGGAGGGAGAAACGUUAGAGGUUGCGAUUCGUUUGCGCUUUUUAGGUCCUCUUGCAGGUAAAUUCGAUAUCAUGGAGACAAUGCCACUCACCGCCACGACGCAAAUAACGCCUGUCCUGGUGCGGCACAAUCCCUUUGCCAUUGUGCAUGGCCCGCGGGUGGUGGGCACGUUCCCGGAGAAUUGCGAAGUGCGCAAGGCGUUGUCAGACCUUCUCCUUUCGCGUGAUUCUUCUGCACUUCCCGCCACUCCUGAGCCCUCACAGCAGAGCAUGGCGAUGAAGACGAAUUAUACCUCUGCGACACUAACGGGAGAACAGCUCCGUCGCGGCGUUGACGAUGCAAUUUUUAGGACGCUUUCUCAGGGACCCAUGACGAGGGCUGCACUAAGCGCUCACGAUAAUAUGGCGAGGUUCCGAGGAUUGGCAAACUUUGAGGCGAUCCUAAAGGACUCCUUGAAGCGGAAUGCCGUGCACCAAGGAAAGAAAUACUACUUGAGGGAGUGA